UGGCCCAGGUCAUAGGUGUCACAAGUCAACGGCCAGCAUGUUGGGCCACAAAGGAAUCUGAAUUUUAGAGCGGAUCAAGCAAAAUGCACCUCAACGGCCCAAGUGGGCCGCAGGCCUAUGUGAACGAUAGCUCUGGAGAUGGAGGAGUCUUCCCGAUGGGACAUGGAUAUCCGGUGGAGUACCAACACCUGGUCCACUCCCAUUGGCGGGGGUUCAGAGAGGCACCCAUCUACUAUCACGCUGGAUUCUACAUUGCUUUUAUAGUCCUUAUGUUAUCAAAUCUAUUCGGCAAUGGAUUGGUCGUCUGGAUUUUUUCCACAUCAAAAUCCUUGCGAACUCCAUCCAACUUGCUGAUCCUGAACCUGGCUAUUUUCGAUCUGUUCAUGUGCACCAACAUGCCCCAUUAUCUCCUCAACGCAACCGUGGGCUAUCUAGUGGGAGGAGAUCUGGGAUGCGAUAUAUACGCUUUGAACGGAGGCAUCUCCGGGAUGGGGGCUUCCAUAACUAAUGCCUUUAUUGCAUUCGAUCGGUACAAGACAAUAUCAAACCCAAUUGACGGACGAUUGAGCUACGGACAGAUUGUUCUUCUGAUAAUCUUCACCUGGUUUUGGGCCACGCCAUUUUCAGUACUGCCCUUUUUUCAGAUUUGGGGACGUUAUCAGCCAGAGGGCUUCCUGACCACCUGCUCCUUUGAUUACCUGACCAACACGGACGAUAACCGGCUGUUUGUGCGCACGAUCUUCGUGUGGUCCUAUGUGAUUCCGAUGUUAAUGAUCAUGGUCUCCUACUACAAACUGUUCACCCACGUCCGCGUUCACGAGAAGAUGCUGGCAGAGCAGGCCAAGAAGAUGAACGUCAAGUCGCUGUCGGCCAAUGCCAAUGCGGAUAGCAUGAGCGUGGAACUGCGGAUCGCCAAGGCGGCCCUGAUCAUCUGCAUGCUGUUCAUCCUGGCCUGGACCCCAUACUCGGUGGUGGCGCUGAUCGGAUGCUUCGGGGAGCAGCAGCUCAUCACGCCCUUCGUCUCGAUGCUUCCGUGCCUGGCCUGCAAGUCGGUGUCCUGCCUGGAUCCCUGGGUCUAUGCCGCCAGCCAUCCCAAGUAUCGUCUGGAGUUGGAGCGCCGCAUGCCGUGGCUAGGCAUCCGCGAGAAACAGAACUCUGGAACAUCUGGAGGGCAGGAGAGUGUGGCCAGUGUCAGCGGCGACACUUUGGCGCUCAGUGUGCAGAACUAAUGGAACCCAAUGGAUUAAAGAUGUGAAAUAAAGCAUGGAAGUGUAAUUAGUUAAUUAGUUAUAAGGCGCAAUGAACUGAAAGAGUUCCAAAAAAUACAAACCAAAAAAAGUUGGCAUUGAAAAAUAA